CCCUAGUGAAAUUUGAAUACUUCACAACCGAUUGUCUCCAAAAUCCUUUUGAAUCAUCUGAUUUAUUACCCUAUCUUUUAAGUCACUUGACCCCACCCAUCUCUUCAUCCUUUAAUGAUGAACUUGCUUCCACAGUCAAAUAA